AUGUCAUUACAGGCGAAAUUAGAAAAAGUUCGCUCUCCAAACCUACAAAAUCAACAGCAGGUAGCAGUGGUCCUCUCCGCCGUAGAAGACAUUCUCCAAGAACAAAAAACAGAAUUCACACCCACAGCCUACUUCGCUGCGUUACUCUCGUUAUUGCAACAGGCGACAUCCACCUCUGCGGUAUUGAAUAAAAAUCUUGCGGCCUCGACGGUCUACUUGUUGGAUCUUGUCACGCCAUUUGCACCUCCGCCUUUACUUCGGUCUAAGUUUCAACAGAUUCUCUCGCAUCUGGUGCCUACGCUUACAGCCCAUGAUGCUGAUGGGCCAUUGUUAAGGAGCAGCAUUGGCUGCUUAGAGAAUUUACUAAUAGCCCAAGAUGCACCUGCGUGGGCCAUUCCUCAGCGGGACAUUGGGCCUCGGAGGGCACUAGUAGGGUUGUUGAGCUUGGGACUUGACAAUCGACCGAAAGUACGCAAGAGGGCGCAUGAAGCCAUCACAAAGAUUUUGAAGAACCCCCCACCAAGUCCGAGUUUAGAUCAUCCGGUUGCAGAAAUGUGCGCUACAAUUACCCUGCAGAGUGUGGCGGAUUUGGCGAAGGCGAGUGAAGGACAGAGGAAGAGGAAUGGGGAACAUGAUCCGAGAGUUAUACACUCGCUUCAGCUGAUUAAGGCUGUUGCAGGCGCUGGUGGUUGGCCAAAUAGGAAGGUUGAGGGAUUGUGCGAGGUUCUAUUAAGCGUUUCAAAGAGCACCAAUGAAUACGUGAUGAGGGCAGCGUUUGGAGUAUUUGAAGAGAUGUUUGCCAGCUUAGUGGACGGCAUGGCCAGUGCAAAGUUGCCGAGAGUGAUUGAGGUCAUCACCGAACUAAGGCCUUCACAAAACGAUUCUCAAUUGCUACCAUCAUGGCUUGCGGUCAUCGCGAGAGGAUACGAAGUAUAUGCUCAAGUAUCAGAGGGCGAGGCACUUGUGGAACUUCCAUCCCUUUUUGAAACCAUUGCAGCAUUUUUAGGCUCCCAAGCAUACAACAUCCGAACCUCCGCUGCGCAAUGCUUAAUCUCACUCGCGACCAGCUGUAUCCCACAAAGCUCCCUCUUUGACAUCACAAGAUCCACGGGGAGAGUUUUCGAGAGAAUUACCGUUACUACGACCAACCUGCUUAGUGUUCGCUUCCAAGGAGCCUGGAACCAAGUCUUUGAAAUUCUCAGCACCCUAUUCGACAAGCUCCGUUGGCGUUCAACCCCGCUCCUCGACGAAGCUGUUAAAGUCAUUGGCAGCCUCCGCUCAAAUGAAGGCUUCCAGGGUAAGAAAGAAGCAGACGAAGUCCUCGGACGAGCAAUCCGUGCCGUGGGGCCGGACACCAUCCUCUCCAUCCUCUCACUCAACCUGAUCAAACCCGCACCUGGUACCUCCGGCCGUGCUUGGAUGUUGCCGAUUUUGAGAGACUGGGUAGAAAACACCAAACUCCGGCACUUUAGGGAGGAGUUUGUCCCUCUUAGCGAGGCAUUCUUCCAGAAAGUGGUGGAUUUCGGCGAGGGGAAGGAGAAGACUGUUGAGAUUAAGAUUUUUGAGACAUUGGUGGGGCAGAUUUGGGCACUCUUGCCGGGGUAUUGUGAUUUACCCUUGGACCUUACGGAGGCUUUUGAUCAGACAUUCGCGGAAUUGAUUGCCAAUGUUCUCUAUCAGAAAGUUGAUCUUCGGUCGGACAUUUGUAAAGCUUUGCAGCGGCUCGUUGACUCCAAUAAGGCAGUUUUGGAGGUUCCUCUCGAAGAUGGGGAGAAUCUGGCGGCUCAACGCCGAGUUUCGAAGGCUGAUGCAAAGAAGAAUAUUGCUCACCUUGCAUCCUAUUCUGGGAAUAUGCUGGCAGUUUUGUUUAAUGUUUACAGUACGACGCUGCCGCAAUAUCGUGGGUUCAUACUCAAGUGUCUCAAUUCUUUCUUGAGCAUCACUCCUGACACAGAACUUACGACAACGUUCCAAAAGGUUACUUCGAUGCUUGAGGCAACCCUCGCCGAACCCGUCAGGAAAAAAAGCGAGACAGAAGCUGCUGGGGAUACCAGGAUGCCGCCGAUGGCACAUACGCUUAUGGAUUUGGUCAUCACCAUUACACCAUAUCUCCCGUCCGGCAGUCACCUGACACUUUUUAGAAUCUUUUCUGUGACGGUGGACAAGAGCGAGGACCCGCAAUUGCAGAAAAAGGCGUACAAGAUCAUACCACGACUAGCAGAGGCAGAAUCUGGCAAGCAAGCAUUAAUUCAGAAAUCUGAGGAUCUACAAAAUUUCCUAAUAGAUGCUGCUGAGAAAGCUACUUCUCCUGCUAGAAGAGACCGCCUAAUAACUCUCUCCCAACUUACCGAAUUCCUCCCAACCACAGAUCUGCACUUCAUUCCAUCAAUCCUUUCCGAGGUAGUUAUCUCUACAAAGGAAGUCAACGAAAAGGCCCGCACAGCAGCUUUUGACCUGCUAGUCCUCAUGGGAGAGAAAAUGAAAUCCGGCGGCGUGGUAAUAAAUAGCAAGGUAACCCAUAUGCCCUCGGACGCCUCGAAUGUCGCUGCAACACUCGACGAAUACAUCACCAUGGUCUCCGCUGGUCUCGCAGGCAGCACGCCACACAUGAUUAGUGCGAGUAUAACCGCCCUUACCCGUAUCUUAUACCAAUUCAAAAAUGAUAUAAGCAAGCCCCUUAUCUCGGAAAUUAUAACAACCUUAGACCUCUUCCUUGCCAGCAAGAACCGUGAAAUCGUCCGCUCAGUUCUGGGCUUUAUAAAGGUGUGCAUAAUCUCCCUACCAAAGGAAACUAUGCUGCCCAGGUUCAACACCUUAAUUCCGAACUUGAUGAUCUGGAGCCACGAGCACAAAGCACAUUUCAAAGCGAAGGUCAAGCAUAUUAUAGAACGCAUGGUCCGACGCUUUGGCUAUGAGGCUGUGGAAAAGCACGUUCCAGAGGAUGAUAAGAAACUGGUAAUUAACAUCCGGAAAACUCGGGAGCGGAGGAAGAAGCAUAAAGACGCCAUCGCCGCCCCUAGCUGUGAUGAAGACGGUGGCGAUGUAGAAGUAGAUGCUGUACCGAAAGCGAAACGCCAGAGUAGGUUCGCCUCAGAAUUCGAAGCUGCAAUUUAUGACUCCGACUCCGACAUGUCUUGUGACUCGGACGCUGAAGUUGAUUCCACCCCGCGUCGGAAGAACAAGCGUGGUGGUAAAUCUGGCGAAGCAUACAUCCACGAGGGAGAAGACGAACCACUCGACUUGCUCGACCGGAAAUCCAUAGCGAACAUUUCUUCUACCCGACCGCAACGCGCCCGGUUUGGGGAUUUGAGAAAGUCUGCUACAGCGAAGGCAAGGACUAAUAAAGAUGGAAAACUCAUUCUCGGUGGGGAGGACAAUGACAACGCAGAGAGGAGUGAAGAUGUGGAAAUGGGUACUGGGCUUACACCCGCUGAUGGCGUGAAUGCAUAUGUGCAGGCGAUUGCUGGCAAGGAUGCUCUCGCACGCGGCCAACGGGGGCGUCUUAAGUAUUCUAAUAGGAAAGGGAGACACGAUGGCGAUGGCGAUGAUAAUAGUGAUAGCGAGGAUGAGGGAAUGGAAAUUGACUCGGGGAAGACUGGGAAGGGUCUCUAUUCUUCAAGUGCUGGGAGUGGAGGGAGGAAAAAGGCAUGGAAGGAGAUGAGUGGGCGCAAGGGACUUGGUGUGAAAGGUGUCCGUGAGGGGAGGGUCGGAAAAAUUCCUAGGAAGAAGGGGAGGAGAUAG